CUCAUCAUGGUAAGCACUCUCUUUCUGCCUUUCUUUAUUUCUCUCUCCCACAUACACAAGUGCACUCAAUGCUGCCUUGUUCAUUUUAUAUACUCACAAAUUAAGAGUUGUUGAUCUUUCGAGUAUAUUCAAUGGAGUUCACUACAAUGAAAAUUGUUGCUCUAACUACAAUGUACAUAGUGUUUUCUUUAGUUAUGGGAGCCGAACAAGGCGGAUUUUCGUCCAUAAAAACGGAUGCCGAGGCUCUUCUCUCCUUCAAGAAGAUGAUUCAGAAUGAUCCCAGUGGAGUUUUGUCAGACUGGCAGCCAAAGAAAGAUCCCUGUAAUUGGUAUGGAAUUACAUGCACUCUUGGAAGAGUGACUGCUCUUGAUCUUGCUCAGUCUAAUCUUGUUGGCCAAGUCUCCUUUUCGCCCUUUUCUUCGUUAGAUAUGUUAACUGCCCUCAAUUUGUCUGCAAAUUCGUUUGCUAUAAAUUCUACUACAUCUUUGAUCCAGCUCCCUUAUGGAUUGAAGCAACUUGAACUUUCCUUUUCCGGGCUUGUCGGUCAUCUUCCCGAAAGUUUUUUCGCAAAGUGCCCAAAUCUUGUUUAUGUGAAUUUUGCUUUCAAUAAUAUUACAGGUUUUCUACCUGAAAAUCUUAUGUUGCAUAUUGAUAAUUUGCAAUAUCUUGAUCUGUCUUACAACAAUAUUUCAGGUUCAAUAUCAUACUUGAAAAUUGAAUCCUGCAAUUCCUUGUUGCAUCUAGACUGGUCUGGUAACCAAAUGAUUGGUUCUCUUCCUCCUUCCUUUUCAAACUGCACAAAACUCGAAGAGUUAAUUUUACAAGAGAAUUCACUCAAUGGGGAAAUCCCGCCUUCUUUUGGUGAACUUACGAGCUUACAAAGAUUAGAUCUUUCUAAGAAUCAUCUCACUGGUUGGAUCCCGACUGAACUGGGAAAUGCGUGCACCUCACUGUCGGAACUUAAGCUGUCUAAUAACAACCUUACUGGAUCAAUACCGGCCUCAUUCUCAUCUUGUAAUUUGCUUCAACUUCUUGAUUUGUCCAUCAAUAAUUUAACAGGUCCUUUCCCUGACAUGAUCCUGCGAAACUUAGGAUCUUUAGAGACCUUGCAACUUCAAAGUAACAGGAUCUCUGGAGCAUUUCCUGCAUCUAUUUCAUUCUGUAAAAAACUUCGAGUCGUUGAUUUUAGCUCCAAUAUGCUGUCUGGGAUCAUCCCACCAGAUAUAUGUCCGGGAGCUAUUUCGCUUGAAGAGCUGAGAGCACCAGAUAAUUCACUUUUUGGAUCAAUUCCAUCUCAAUUAUCUCGAUGUUCACAACUAAAGACAAUUGAUUUCAGCAUAAAUUACAUUAAUGGCACAAUACCAGCAGAACUCGGGAAUCUUGAGAAUCUAGAGCAACUGAUUUCCUGGUACAACAGCUUGGAAGGGAAUAUACCGGUAGAGUUGGGAAAGUGCAAGAAACUGAAAAAUCUUAUUCUGAAUAAUAACCAUUUAAGUGGCAGAAUCCCAACAGAGUUGUUCAAUAGUGUUAAUCUGGAA